UAUACCGAUACUGUAAUAAACCGAACCGAGUAAAUAAACCCCCAAACAUCCAUAGCAGGCAUGAUAAACAUUGUCCGAUUAUUAUUGCGGUUUGUUUUAGGGGUUUAGAUCUCCGACGAAAAGUAUAUCUCCGAUUGCCACCUGCUUCAACACCUACACGUUGUCUGCAAUGAUUCCUCGAUGGAGCAGAACCCUAGGUAAUCAUCUCUACAGACAUAGUAAUACAGGUAUCUCCAGAGAUUUGUAUGUGUUGCCGUGUCGGAGAAUUUCUAAGAUUGCCGCCGUUGAAACGCCGGUAGCUUCAAAUGCUUUUGUUAAAUCUGAGGUAAAUCUGAACAAGUUGUUCCGCUCUAAGCCUUGUUCUUUAGCCUUACCACCAGAUUCCCCUCUGAGGAUUGAGGAACCUAUCUACAAGGGUCUCCGCCGUUUUCUCCUUAAAAUGAUGCUGUUUUAUAGCAAACAAAGCAAGUCUAUUCGACAAGCAAAUGUUAUUUACCGCCGUGUUGUAUCUCAAGCUGAUAAACCUGCCAUUUAUGAUGCUUUUAGGUUGGAGAAAACCUUCAGAACAAAUUUCUCAAUGCUAGUAGUACACAUGUGGCUUUGUUUGCGUCGCUUGAAAGCAGAAGGAAAGGAAGGUGUUGAAUUGGGGCAAUACGUGUAUGAAAUCUACAAUCACGAUUUAGAAACCAGAGUUUCCAAAGCUGGGGUUAACUUGCUGUUGUCUAAAUGGAUGAGGGAGUUGGAAAAAGUAUUCUAUGGCAAUAUUGUUGCUUUUGAGACCGCAAUGCUUCCAGGAGCUAAACAUGAUGAUUUGCUGAAUGCAGUAUGGAAGAAUGUCUUUGCUGAAGAUGGUUCAUCAAAGCUAGAUGCCGCUGCAUUACCAGCUGUCAUGGCAUUCACAAGAUAUAUUCGACGAGAAUGUAUUUGCUUGUCAUUAACAGAUAAAGAAGCAAUGUUCUCUGGAAACUUCAUGUUCACCCCUCUCGACAACCCGAAACCCUAAAUCUAUUCAAGAGGAGAGAGCUUGUUGGUGGUGGUGGUGGUCGUAUGAUUAUAACGUAGGAGGGAAACAAAGGACCGAAACAUGUUAUUGUUACAAAAUCGAUUAGGGUGUUUAAUGUAUCAACUUUUAGAUUGUGUUGUUAAAUCAUGAUUUGGUGGUUGCUUAUGCAGCUUCAAAUUCAAUAAAAAAAUCAGUUUGCUUUAUUCGAAUCA